AUGACGACAGAUCUGUCAACACGGCCCCCUUUAGAACAACACCAACAUUUACUUGUGGCUUUCAACUAUUUAAGUACAUUAAUUAACGAGGGCAAAUUUGAUAUUUUUCAGUGUUAUUGCAAUGGGUUAAAGCAUAAAUAUACCGACGACUAUGAUCUUAACUGUUUGAUCAUGUAUUUACAAGCUAGUAGAGAGCUUUUUAGAACAGAUUCUGAUAAGGCAAAGAAACUGAUAACUAACGCACUCGAAAUCGUUCCAAGGACUUCUAAUCCUCAGUACUUUACAACAGAAUUAUAAUCUGCCAAAUCUAGAAUGUUUUUAAGUAGGAGACAGUUUGAAAAAUUCCAAACAACAAUUGAUGAUGCUAAAAUUAUUGUAAAAUCAGAUCCUUUAAGCUGCACUGGUCAUGCAGCUGGCUGGUUGUAUCUAAAUGAUGCUAGAUAUUCUGCAAUUCAAAUUGGAUGCAUCAAUUUUCAACAGAGAAAUUCAGCAAGGGCAUGUAAACUGUUACACAGCAAAGCCAAAAACAGUUUUAAGAAAUCCAUAUGUCAUUUCCAGAGAGAUGUUGGAAAAGACGGUCCUUUUGGCUUCGGAUAUGCAUUAUGUCGUUUGAUCAUUUUGCUUCUUCGAUGUGGUGAUAACGGACGAAUGAUGGAUAUACUACACCCUUCAAGUGGUGGUAUCAAAACAGCAGCAAAGUAUCUGAAACAACAAGACAGAAAUUGGUGUGGUUCAUAA